GCUAUUUAGAAUAUUUAACCAGAUCCUCUCUUCAGUUCUCAUUUCUUAGAAGAUGUCUGAAGCUUUUUAUUCCAACACUACUCCAAGAGCCAUCUCAAGACCAGCUCAUGGCGAUAGAAAGGAGGAGUGUGUCAAUGAUAAGACAGAUGGGGUCUGUGUGGUCGUUCUUCUCUCUGUUCUCUUCUUCCUCUCUCUGCUGGCAAAUGCAGCUUUGGCUUUUCUGUAUUACAGCAAUGGCCCAGAACAGCUUUUGAGUUGUGAACCAGUAACACCCUGCUCUUAUUCAGAUGUUGACGACAAUGCCCACAUCAAACUGAUUUUUCACAAGGACAUGGAAAACAGCUCCAAAAUACAGCACUGUCCAAAAAAAGAUUUCCCUGCGAAGUGGGUCCAGGACAAGGGCAGAUUCUAUGUUUUCUCCAAUGAUACCAUGGACUGGGACAACAGCAGAGAACGCUGUCAGGAUCUGGGUGGAGACCUGGUCAUCAUCAACAGCAGUGAGGAACAGGAAUUUCUUGCUCCGCAAUCAGUCAGUUCUAAUGCAUUGGUGCUCCACUGGAUUGGUCUGACUGACCGCCAGACUGAGGGGACGUGGCUUUGGGUGGACAACACCCCCUUAAACAGCAACCUCUCAUGGUGGAUCUUCCCUACUGACGAUCAUGAUGCACAUGAUCCCUUGGGUGAAGACUGUGCUGUCUUAAAUGGAUACUUAAGAGGAGAAAAAUGGGGAGAUAUUUCUUGCUUGAAAAAGGAAAGAAGCAUUUGUGAGAUUCCUUGUUCUUGAUCAAUGCUAAAGCGUCUUUCAUGACCUUUUAAUAUCACUGUUCCUGUAUAUUUUAAAGCCUAUGAUUACACUGCAGAAUCUGUGUAGCUCUUUAUAAAUAAUACAUUUGCAUUCUUUUUGUUGUUAUUGUUAAAUGCACUGGCCAAAUUGCGCAUAUGUCAUUGUCUUUAAAAUAUUAUGCACUUUCUUUACAGCAUCAAUUAAUAAAUGAAUGAAUGCAAAGACAUGAAACAGCACUAAAGCAUUCGUGCUUAUAAUGUAUUUGCCAAAUAUAUAAUUUUAAUAUUUUUAAAGCUUCUAUUUAACAUCUUUUCCAUGUCCAGUCUCCAGUUCUAAGAUGUUUCGUGGGCCAUUUAACACUCAAAUAUAUAUUCAUAUUUCUUUGGGCAUAUAUCUUACUGCAUGUCUUUUGCCCCCUGGUGGAUUAACCAAUGCUACCAAAAGUAAAAGGACUCGCAAAAAAUAUACAGUAGUGGCCAAAAGUGAUGUCCAGAAGGGGAUAUUUGCACAGUAUUUCCUUUUAAUGACACUUCAGGUUUGACUAAAUUAAAAUAUGAGGAGUUUGUUAUA